AUGAAAUCUUCAAAUGCUACGGAAGGUACGAUGAUUGAUGAUGAGUUCGGUGAAGAGAAUUUCGAUGCAAUAUCUUAUGUACGGGAUCAGUUAAAGGAUAUGAAAAGUGGCGAUGAAAUACGGCAGUUGCAAGCAUUUCGUACGAGGUUAAAUACAGCCAAUGCGCAAUCAUCUGAAUCAAUGAAGAAGAGUGUCUUUUUGAAUUAUAAAAAGUUCAUCGAUACCGCUAAAGAAGUUUCACAUCUGGAACGAGAAAUAUAUGAACUUUCAUCACUGUUAUCAGAUCAGCGAAUGCUUAUUGAAACAUUGAUGCAGAUGACUGGAGAAGAUCGUUCUUCAAUUGGAACUGCUAGUCUUCACACUGCUUCAUUCAGCGUCAAUCCAAUGAAUGUAUUGAUGCAGAAAAUGGACGGUAUUGCUGCUUUGUUAAAUAAUUUACCGAAUUCUGAUCGAGUGGUCAUGCAUGGUGAAGUAGUUCAGCUGGACAGCGAUAGCAUGAGACCACAACACAAUGUUAUGCUUAUUUUGUUGUCAGAUCGAUUACUCAUUGGACAACCAUCUUCAGGGAAGUACCGUUUUCAGUUGGAAUCUUCACAUCCGUUGAACAAUAUAGCAGCUGUUAAUAUCAAGGACAGAGAAAAUGGCGAAACUGCGACCAGCAUGUUCAAGCUGUUAAUUUUUCCAGGACAAAAGAUUUUUCUUGCUGAAAGUGCCCGGAUUAAAAAAGAAUGGUUGGAUUGCAUCGAAAAUGCCAAAAGAGAACUACUUCAUGAAGGAUCAUUGGUACGUCAAGCAACAAUCCGUGGGAAACGCCGACAAGACUUGUCAGCUAAGAUGGAAAUAGCUAGCGAACUUAUGCCUGUUGCGGAAUCGGCUACUACUAAAUCACCUGAUGAAAGUGCAUGGCUCAAUGAAUUACCUGCAGAGUUGGACGAUUGCAUCGCUCAUCGAGAUAUGGAGCACGCGGUUCGUCGCCCAGGUGCUUUACAUGGUGGUCCUAGAGCUGUUAAGAAAGCAAUCAAUCUUCUGACGAUUCUUGGCCGAGCAUCACAGGCAGUUGACCUUUACUUGAGAAAAAGAAGCACUGUGUUACGAGCGACUACUCGAGAACUAACAAUGAGCGAAGAACCGUUGUCGUAUGUACGACAGUUAUCGCAACAGUUUCUGGAUGUUAUAUCAGACGUUAUUAAGGAAUUUUUGAUGCAGCCUGAACACUUUUCUCUUAUAUUGCAUUGGUGUUCUGGAGAAUUAAGCGUUAUGCUCUCUUUAAUACGAAGACAUGUAAUCGAGGUAGCACCAACAAUGGCAGUGGUUGCUCAUACCUGGCGAAUAUUGAUGACACACUGCGACAGUUUAAUUGCAGUUGGUGUUGAUUUGUCUUUUGAAGUACAUCGUCUACUUGCACCAUCACUUAAGAUUGCAAUUGAAACAAAUUUCACGAACAUUAUUGAAUCAAUUCGUCUUCGAAUUUCGGAAGAGCGUUGGAGAGCAUACAAUAUGGAAAGUGAGUCGAACGUGAAUCGUUUUAUAGAGGAAAUGUCUGAUAUAGGACUCGCAAUUGAUUGGGCAUUAUCUACUACGCAGCGAUCUUCCAUCAAUAUUACCCAGAAUGCUUGUCAUUUUUCCCGAGUUGCUUAUGUAUUGGCUCGAGAUCUUGCAGUGCUAAGAUCUUCACACUUACGCUAUCUCACGGACUCAUUCAUGGUAAAACUUUGGAGUGAAUAUUUGAAUCAUUUGAAAAGUGCUCCGCAGUCGUCUUUGCAACAGUAUACAUCAAUAUUCAUUGUUUCUCAGUUACUGCCUCUCUGUGAUGUGAUCUACGAUGAAUCAGCACCGGGAAUAUUGUCUGAACUUUUGGAAACAAAAUUUGGAAGUUUGUUACGAUAUCGAGGAAAUAUUCAUGCGGCUUCUAGUGACGAGGACGUGGCGCAUGUUUAG